CUGCAGGAUGAAGGUCCAUGUCAUGGUGGAGAUGUUGGCGGUGGUAGUCGCCUUGUUCCUGGCUUUUGGUGUGAGCGACGGCGUGGUGAUAAACAAGUGUGAACUGAGAGACGAACUGAACUCGACUCUACCAGCAAAAAUGUUGGACAAGAUCACCAACCUGGUGGCAAAAAUCGUGUGCCAUGCGGAUCUGAGCUCCCACUUGAACACCAGCACCAUCAAUUAUAUAAUUGGACCCAACAUUAAGAAGUUCAUCCAAAUCCAAGAGCCUACUCUUCCAAAGGGUAACAGCUCAACCAGCACUGAAGGUCGUAGAGGACGGAAGGGCAGGUCUGCAGAGUCAAGCAGUGAAGAGUCCAGUGGGGAGUCCAGUGAAGAAGACAUCCGAGGGCCUAAAAGACGUUUCAGGUCUUCAAUGGUUAAUCCAGUCACUCUUCCAAAGGGUAACAGCUCAACCGUCAAUGAACGUCAUAGAGGACGCAAGAGUAGGUCUGCAGAGUCAAGCAGUGAGGAGUCCAGUGAGGAGUCCAGUGAAGAAGACAUCCGAGGGCCUAAAAGAAGUUUCAAUUCUUCAAUGGUUAAUCCAGUCACUCUUCCAAAGGGUAACAGUUCAACCGUCACUGAACGUCCUAGAGGACGCAAGAGUAGGUCUGCAGAGUCAAGCAGUGAGGAGUCCAGUGAGGAGUCCAGUGAAGAAGACAUCCGAGGGCCUAAAAGAAGUUUCAAUUCUUCAAUGGUUAAUCCAGUCACUCUUCCAAAGGGUAACAGUUCAACCAUCACUGAACGUCCUAGAGGACGCAAGAGUAGGUCUGCAGAGUCAAGCAGUGAGGAGUCCAGUGAGGAGUCCAGUGAAGAAGACAUCCGAGGGCCUAAAAGAAGGUAA